CGCCGCCGCUUCCGCAGGGCUGUUGGCGGAGCUGCUGAGCGGCAGCUCUCGCUCUCCAUUUUCACGCAGCCCCCCUCCCCCCCCCGCCCUUUGCUGUCUUUCUCCAUCUCGCUCUCGCUGGACUUGGCUUUAUUUGGCGCUCCCGGAAGCGGCGGUGCGGGUCGCUCUGCCGGGCUGACGGACCCCGGGAGCGGGAAGGAGGCCGCGGCCAGGGAUUAUCCCCGCAGCGCGGACGCGAGCCGGGGGCUCCUCCAGCCAGAAUGGCGGAGACACAGGUGUUGAUGGAGAGGCUGGAAAAAGCUGUAAUUCGACUUGAAUCGUUAUUUUCAGAUUCACACAGAUCCAUUGGAAUGGAGUGUGGAGCUGUAAACGGAGUCAAUGGAGGUGUAGCACCGUACGUAGAAGCCUUUGAUAGACUGUUAAAUGGGAGUGUGGCUGAGUUUCUCAGGAAUAGCAAGAUCCUGGAAGGUGAUGUGAAGAUACAUGCAGAAAUGGUACGUGCUGCUUUCCAAGCACAGAGAGCCUUCCUGUUGUUAGUGUCUCAAUAUCAAGAACCUCAAGAGAGUGAGAUGGCCGUGCUACUCAAACCUAUAUCUGACAAGAUCCAGGAAAUCCAGACCUUCAGAGAGAGAAACCGAGGAAGUAAAAUGUUCAACCACCUCUCAGCUGUCAGCGAAAGCAUUCCUGCACUUGGGUGGAUAACAGUGUCUCCUAAACCAGGCCCUUAUAUCAAGGAGAUGAAUGAUGCUGCUACCUUUUAUACUAACAGGGUGUUAAAGGACUACAAAAACAGUGACUUACGUCAUGUUGAUUGGGUGAAAUCAUACUUGAACAUCUGGACUGAGCUUCAAGCUUACAUCAAAGAGCAUCAUACCACAGGCCUCACCUGGAGUAAAACCGGCCCAACUGCAUCAACAGCAUCUGUGUUGUCUACUCUAACAAGUGGGCAGUGCCUCCCACCACCCCCACCUCCACCGCUGCCCCCAGGACCUCCUGUCUUCGAUACAGAAGGGAAGGAUGAAACAACCACAUCUCGCUCAGCCUUGUUUGCCCAGCUUAACCAGGGAGAGGCAAUUACCAAAGGGCUACGACAUGUCUCAGAUGACCAGAAGACCCAUAAGAAUCCCAAUCUACGUGCUCAGGGUCUGCCAGUUCGUUCUCCUACAAAAAGCCAUACUCCAAGCCCCACUUCUCCCAAAAAUUCUCCUCAGCAGAGCCAUUCUCCUUUGUUAGAACUAGAGGGAAAGAAAUGGAGAGUGGAAUACCAAGAGGAUAAGAACGACCUUGUUAUUACUGAUACUGAACUCAAGCAAGUGGCUUACAUUUUUAAAUGCAACAAAUCUACACUACAAAUGAAAGGAAAAAUAAAUUCCAUUACAAUUGACAACUGCAGAAAGUUUGGCCUUGUGUUUGACAACGUCGUGGGCAUCGUGGAAGUGAUCAAUUCCAGAGAUAUCCAGAUUCAGGUGAUGGGGAAAGUGCCAACCAUUUCGAUUAACAAGACAGAAGGCUGCCACAUAUACCUCAGUGAAGAUUCAUUAGACUGUGAGAUUGUGAGUGCCAAGUCAUCUGAAAUGAACAUUCUCAUCCCCCUAAAUGGAGAUUAUAAAGAAUUUCCUGUUCCUGAACAGUUUAAGACAGCAUGGGAUGGAUCUAAGUUGGUCACUGAACCUGCAGAGAUUGUAGGUUAACUUUCUAAUGCCAUACAGCACCCGCUGAGCACGAUCUCAGACCAAGGUCAGCCUAAAUAAAACAGCAACAUAAAGAACUAGAAGUAACAGUAGCUUAUACUGCUGUAGUAGGUCUUCAAACAGCAGCUCUGUACACUAGAAACAAUGACAUGUCUAGCACGCUUUUAUUAGGCAUUCUGAUAUUUUUAAAGUUUCCACACAGUUUGCCUUCAUUUACGGUUUUGAUUCUACAUGAUGUCAUGUGAACAUAAGGGAUUUUUAAAAAAAAAUACUCCAUUUGCGUUAGUGGCUAUUACACUGCACACAUUAAGCCAAAAUAUUGCAUGAUAUACUUUGUUACAAUCAUGUUUCAGUGCAUUCCUUUUUAUGUUUCUGCUAGUCAAAAAUAAUCUUAAAACAAUUAAGAUUUUUUUUACCUUUUAGAUAAUUCAUGUAUGAUGCGGUGAAAAUGUACCCCCUGGAAGUGUGUGAUUCUUGUAGAUCUGUUCUAAUAAUCAUGGAGUUUUUAAGACACAAAAGUACAAUUUUCAGCAAUACAUUUUGCCAAUGGAAUAUAAAAACAGGAUAUUUUAAUCAAACAUUUUUCUAAUAUGUAUAUGUAGAGUAUCCCUCAGCUUUCAGUUUACACAGACCAGUUGUAUCCCUUUUGCUUGUAAAUUAUUAAUCCUAAUAUCUUCUAGAAAAUGUUAUUUAAUGUUCAGCAUAUCAUCUGAAGGUUUUUCACUUCUCUGAUUUCUUUUGUGUUCCUUUAUUUAGGGUUGGAGGGCAGGAAUUGGGAUUUUUUGUUUUUCUUCACACAGUACUGCACAGCCUGCUAUAAAAACUGAUGGCAGGUCUACACCAGUGGUUCUCAAACUUUUGUUCUGGUGACCCUUUUCACACAGCAAGCCUCUGAGUGUGACUCCCCCUUAUAAAUUAAAAACACUUUUAAAUAUAUUUAACACCAUUAUAAAUGCUGGAUGCAAAGUGGGAUUUAGGGUGGAGGCUGACAGCUCACGAUCCCCCCAUGUAAUAACUUCACGACCGAUCCCCAGUUUGAGAACCCCUGGUCUACACUACAGCCAGGAUCGUCGCUCUGAGAUUGAUCCACUGGUGGUCAAUUUAGCGAAGACCCGCCAAAUCAAGAGCAGAUCGCUCUGCAGUCAACCCCUGUACUUUACCCCCAAUGAGAAGAGUAAGGUAAGUUGACGGGAGAGUUUCUUCCAUUGACCUCCCCCCCCCCGCAGUGUAGACCCCACGGUAACUUGACCUAAGAUAUGUCGACUGCAGCUAUGUUAUUCACGUAGCUGGAGUUGCGUAGCGUAGGUCGACUUUCCAAAGUAAUGUAGACAUAGCCUGAGAUAGAGUUGUUUUAUGAUUUGGGCACAUGCUAAGUGUCAGAUGCCCGAUAACUUGUUUCCUUGCUGAUUUUGGUUCUCUAAAGUAUUCUAUUGUAUAAGCUGCCUGUUGGGGAUGUAAUCCCAGGGUUUUGGUUGUUUUUUUUAGCCACUUGCAAGAUUUGCAUACUAAUCUUCAAAUACGUCCAUAAAUAAAAGCCAUAGAUGUAUUCCAUAUGAAUUCUGACCCAAAUUAAAGGGACUAUUUCUGUUUAAGA